AGUGCAAAGGCGAGUGUUGUUGUGGCAAUGUAUUCAGUGUUUCCUCUCAUAAUUGUUUGAAAUAUUUGUUGAGAGUCCCGUCAAGUGUUACUAUGGAGAUUCAUCAGUGGUUUUGUUGUUAUUUGAGUUAUUUCAAGUGUUUCUCAAGUGUUAUAUCAAGUGUGGUGAUCGAUUCAGUGUUUCCUUUUCUUAUAAUUGUUGGAAGUGUUUUUCGACUGCCCUGUCACGUGUUACUGUGGUGUUACUGUGAAAAUUCAUCAACAUUUUAGUGUUCUUUUAGUUAUUUCAGUUGUUUGCCAAGUGUUAUUACCGUGGCGAUUAAUUCAGUGUCUCCUGUCCUUAUAAUCGUUUGAAGUGUUUAUCAAGUGUCCCGCCGCAAGUUACUCUGGGAAUUUAUCAGUUGCUCCCAGUCCUUAUUGUUGUUCCAGGUGUUAGAAAUAAUCAGGCAGACAGUAGUUGAAAUUAAAAUUAUACUUAUAAGAGAACAAAGAAAGCCGUGGCAGUGGGGAAGAACAGGAAGAGUAACUAAAGGCAGUGAGUUUGAGAGUGUGGGAGUGAAGCUACUGGGACCGUAUUGUGGAAUGUCUUUGCGCACCACCUUCACUACUUAUGAACGGUUCUCAUGACAGAUUGAAAGGAAAGAAGGACCAAGGAAGCGAAGCAAACAAGACCCACGAAAAUGACAUUGUCUAAAAAAGAAAAAAAAGAAAAAAAAGAAAAGAAAAAAAAAAAGAAAAAAAAGUUGCAGUAGAAGAAAGAAAACAAAUGAUGCAAAAGAUAGAAGUGAAAUGAUUAUUUUGUGUAAGAGGGGCUCCGUCACAGGGCAACGAAAUUAAAGAAAACAAGCUCUACCGAGGUGCCAUUCCCUAAAGAAAAGUCAAAAUUAUUAUCCAAAAUUGGACGAUGAGUGCCUCGAAACCUCCCUCUUGAAAAAAAGUUCAAGCCAUAGGAUGGAGGGAAUACAGAAACAGGCAGGGAGUUCCAGAGCUUACCAGAGAAAAGGAUGUUGAGAAUACUGGUUAAAUUUUGCAUUAUAGAGGUGGACUGAAUAGGAGUGAGGGAAAUUAGAAAGUCUGUGUUUCGGUGAAGAAAAGGUGAGAUUUAGUAGAGGAGAGGUGGUGCUCACACAUUGAAAAUUAGGUCUAAUCCCACGAAUGUUGGAUAAGUUAACUGGAAAAGAAAGAUGACACUUAGGGUCGAUACCAGAAGAGCAGUUCGACCUGAGGACGUUUAUGGUUCCCUCCCUGGAUGGGAACUCCAAGGCUGGUGUAGGAGUCGCUAUGUUAAAAAUUUUGGACCUCGAGUGAAGGUUGUGCGUGUAAUUAGGUGGAUGUAGAGUUUUGCGAAGGAGAGUCGUCUUGAGGGGGCAGACUGUGAUUGCCCUCUUGUGUUGUGACAAAGGGAGGCAGCAAAGGUUGAGGGAGGUCACAGCUGGGUCAUAGAUAAGUUCACAACACCACUUUGGUCCAGUGUUUGAGGCCUCCGUGGGAGUAAUAAUCGUUUAGACAGAGAGAAUAGAAAAAAAAAACACGCAACAAAUUAACUUGAAAAGAAACUGGAAUAAUACAAGAACAAAAGAAUAAUAUUUGAGAGACAAUGAAAAAAAAAGAAAGAAAAAAAACUCACAGAACGUCCAACAACAACAACAACAACAACAACAAAAUAUCUUAUCUUAUCGCGUCACGUCACCCCUCGCCUUGCAUCCUGUGUGUGUGUUGACGCCGCGGAGAGAUGGCAGAGGGCGGAGGACGGAUGCAAAACACAACCUCUGAGGAUAACGCCAAUAAAUCCUCUGUAGUCGACCACACGAAGGGGAAAACAGAGGAGGAUGAGUGCCCUGCAGUCACCACUAAAGAUACGAGUGAACCAGAAGAUGUCAUGGCGAAGAAUAAGACUAAGGCAGAGCAACUCCUGGCGCUGGGCAUAGAGUGUCUGGAGAAGGACGAGGACCGGGAGGCGCUGAACCACCUGACGGAGGCCAUAGCAUUGGACGCCAGUAAUCCUCUCCUCUUUAUUAACAGGGCGGCAGCGUAUGCCCGGCUGAAGAAUUACGACGAUGCAAUGGAGGACGCCGAGACUGUGGUGGAGAUGCGCCCGGACUGGCCCGAGGCAUAUUUGAGGAAGGGGUCGAUAUACCUUGCAGAGUGGAGGCACCGUCUGGCCUACUGUGCCUUCCAGUGCGGCCUGAGCCUGGACCCGGGGAGUGAGAGGCUGGGGAGGGCCUUCUUUGAGAGCAAGAUGAGGAUGCAGAAGGCGAAGAAUGGCACCGUCUACCCGAAACCUCCCACUCACCCACUGAUGGACAAGUCGGCACACAAGGAGCUCAGGAGGAACUCUUUCACCAGAGACUUCAUGAGCGAUCCGGAGUUCGUUGACAUGCUGAACAGAAUGAGGAGAGACUAUGACCUGUGGCUCGAGGUACAAAAUUCAGAAGACACGCGGUACAUGGUGGCCAGCACAGUCGCUAUGGCCUUUGAAGUCAACGCUGAGGAGGUGGACUGGAGCGACACACAGGAGAAGGAGAAACACAACGAGGAUCUAGAGAGGUUCAGUUAUCCUUACGUUCAAAGUUUCGAGGCGGUGCGCGAGGUUGUCAUCCCCGCGUCUCCACCAGCCCCGCCUGAGGUGAAGAGGAGCAGGACCCCGCCGCCCGUCGUGAAGUAUCCCAAGGGGUGUGAGAUAGAUGGGUCUCCCCUGUUUAGUGGGGUGAUGGACAUGCGCAUACCUUCGUUUUCUUUGGAGUGAAUGUCGUCGGUUUAUAAAGGUGGAUCACGUGAGGGAGAGAAGGCGAGUGGCCAGCGUCCCCGAGUUGCAUGAGUACACCACGCCCUCCACGCCUGUUGUCCCACUCCCGCUCCUCUACAGUUCCUCUAUUCCCAUUACCUGGAGUUGCUCUGCCCGAGGAAAGAUCCGUCAUUCAGAACCUACAUACGUUCGUAACAUACACACCAUAAUUUUUUUUUUCCUACUAAUGGUACUUACUUUAUUAGUGUUCCUUGGGAAAGACGAUUUAGUCAUUCACUUCAUGCAUGCAUACAUACAUACAGUAUAUACAUUUGGAGGAGGCAGUAGACACCUGCUGAAGUGAUAAUUACUCCCAGUGAGGUUUCAAACACUGGACCAGGGGGUGUUGAGACCUCACUGAACGUUUCCCUUUGUCUCACAACACAAGGGGGCAGUCACAGCCUGCCCUCUAAAGACAACUCUCUUCCUUCACACAAAAUUACAUGCACCUAAUUACUCACACACUCUUCACUCAAAAUUCUAAACUACUUUUGACUGCUUGGGGACCGGCAGCUCAGUAGGCCUUUUCUUUUCUAUAUAUAUAAAUUUGUUGUCCUUUGCCGUGCCUCUUCUACAUAAAAAAAAAAAAAAAAGCUUGCAUACGCACUUACAUAGAUAACAUAUAUUCUAAACCUAUUUUUCCUGCUAAUGAUACUUAUUCUCUUAGAGUUCUCCUUGGCAAUACGUUAAAUCAAAACUUGUUAUUUAUUUUCAUACUAAUUUUCAUACAUAUUUAGAUACCAUGCAUUCUUAACUUUUCUUUUUUUUCCUGCUAAUGGUACUCAUUUCAUUAGAGUUUUCUUUGGCAAUAUACUAAGAAGGAUUUUGCUAAUUUUUAUACAUACUUAAACAUCAUAAUUAUAUCCUUAACUUUUUUUUUUUUAUAUAUAUAACCUGAUAAUGAUACUUAUUUCAAAAGACUCUUCCUUGGCAGUAUACUAGGCAAAUGUUACUAUUAAUUUUCACACACACACACACACACACACACACACACACACACACGAGAGGAAGGAAGGAAGACACAAGGACCAAACACAAACUCACAAAAAAGAAAAAAAAAAAGACUCCACUAAUUAUCUCUCCCAUAAAAUAAGAAUAAUACUAGAUAAGAGGUAAUUCCUGUGAGAAGGUGCCUUGAAAUUCCUAUUAGUUCCACCACUACUUAGUCUUCUUCAGCCAUUCCUUACUGCGCCUCUAUGAAAAGGUGUGUUUUGUCAGUAGGCUGUGUGUUAGGCUUUUACUUACCUCAAUUAUUCCCUCCCUCCUUUUCAUUAUUACUUUGUUUCUCUUAUCUUUGUGUGUGUGUGUGUGUGUGUGUGUGUGUGUGUGUGUUAUUUUGCAGUCAUAUCAGCUUCAUCAUGAUGGAUACACACUCGCACACACACACGCACACACACACAUACACACACACGCUUCACUUUGCUAGUCGAGUCUUUAAUAUUGCUGAAUGUUAAGUUACUUUUAAUGCAAUACUCUGAUGAUGUAACUUGUGUGAUAUUCUUAUUGUUUUUAGAUGAUUAUGAUGAUGAUGAUGAUGAUGAUGAUGAUGGUGAUGAUGGUUAUGAUGAUGUUGCCGGUAGUUGUGGUGAUGAUCAUGAUGGUGGUGGUAAUUAAGAUGAUGAUGAUGAUAGUGAUGAUGAUAUUUAAAUGGUGACGAUGAUGGUGAUUAUGAUACUUAAAUGAUGAUGAUAGUGAUGAUGAUACUUAAAUGGUGACGACGAUAGUGAUGACGAUGAUAGUGAUGAUGAUACUUAAAUGGUGACGAUGAUAGUGAUGAUGAUACUUAAAUGGUAACGAUGAUGAUGAUGAUGAUACUUAAAUGGUGACGAUGAUGAUGAUGACGAUGAUAGUGAUGAUGAUAAUGAUGAUGAUGAUGAUAAUGAUGUUAAAAUGUUAAUGAUGAUGAUAGUAGUCAUGAUGAUAGUGAUGAUGAUGAUGAUGAUGCAGGUAGUUGUGAUGAUGAUGAUGAUGUAAUGAUGAUACUUUUAUUAUAAUGAUGAUGAUGAUGAUGUUAGAUAUAAUGAUAAUGAUGAUUGUUAAGAUGAUAUCCAUAAUGAUAAAGAUGAUAAAUAUGAUUAUGAUGAAAAUUAUUAUUAAAGUAACGUAACAAUAAGAACUUAAAAAAGCAUAAGGGAACAAGGGAAACUGCCGGAAGCCAUCAGACCUACUCGUGGCAGUUCCCGUAAUAAACAAGCUUGCCUAUUUCCAUUUAAUCCACUAAUUGAAAGUUCCCAAAUGACUCGGCACUAACAACAGUAUUAUUUUACUCUUUCACCAGUCCCAACAUGGCUCUUCUUACUCUUCUCAGCAGAUAGAGCUUUCAUUUUGAGUAAUUUAAACCCCAUACAUAUCCAUCGCAAAUUAAUAAUGCUGACAUCGAUUUUUAAAGAUAUAUCUAUAUUGCUCCUAUGACAACGCUAAAAAAAUAAAAAAUAAAUAAAUAAAAUAAAAACUAAUGAUUUGCGGGGAAAACAACAAGCAGAUUAAUUUAAGACAGGCCGAAAACUACGAGGAAGAAAAAAAAAGUAGUUUCGUCUGGAAUAGAGAGACUGGUGAGAAUAAAAAUUUUACCCUAACAGUUUGAUUGCGUCAGUUCCAUUAAUUUACAACUCUAUUUGAGAACCAAUUCAUUCCCCCCCUUUUUUUUUUUUUUUUCUAACAUUAUCAAGAUUCAACAUAUUCUUAUCUUGAUUACUGGCCUUGAGAAUUUUGCUUGUGUCACCCUUGAUAUAUCCCCUGUACCAUUUAAAGACUUCUGUGAGAUCCCUUCUUAACCUACGCCGCUUUAAAGUAACUAAGGAACGUACAUUUAAAAGCUUCAUUCUCUUUUCGUAUCAAUAUAUUUAAUCCUGUGUAUCGUUUGAGUCAUUCUGCUUUGUACUGAUUCUAACAUACGUGUAUUGAUUUUGUUAUGUAAGAACCAGAACUGCACAGCGCAAUGUAAGAGAGGUCUGACCAGUGCCAGUGUAACCUUAAUAAUUAUGAUGAUGGUGAUGAUGACGAUGAUGAUGAUGAUGAUGAUGAUGAUGAUGAUGAUGAUGAUGAUGAUGAGAAUAAGACCUAGAAGAUUAGCUGAUAUGAUAUUGUUAUUGUUAUUAUUAUUAUUAUUAUUAUUAUUAUUAUUAUUAUUAUUAUUAUUACUAUUGUUGUAUUACUACUACUACUACUACUACUACUACUACUACUACUACUACUACUACUAUUUCUGUUACUACUUUUACUACUACUACUACUACUAUUACUACUCAUUAUCAUUAUUAUUAUUAUUAUUAUUAUCAUUAUUAUUAUUAUUAUUAUUAUUAUUAUUAUUAUUAGUAGUAGUAGUAGUAGUAGUAGUAGUAGUAGUAGUAGUAGUAGUAGUAUCUUGACUCACAUUAAGUACUCAUAAUAACAAAGCUGUGAAGAUAACAGUGAUAAAGCUUCCUAAUAUAUGUAACAUCUGAAGUCACUGUAAUCUCUUCCUCUUCCUUCAUUUCUUCCUUGUGUAAUUAGUCAGUGUAGCCUCUCUGUACGUGGCUGUGUAAGACAAGAGCAUGCAGGUGUGUUCAGGUUCCGUAGGUAGGAUAAUAAUGCGAUGUAGGUGUGAUUAUGAUGCUUUAGUCCUUUGUAAUGAAGAAAGUGACACGAUUUUUGUACCUCCGGAAAAAAAAAUAUGAAAAAAAACAUAAAAUCUGAUCUUGUGA